CGUGUGGCAACGCCAAAUUUGUUUAUGUUGAUUGGCCAUAAAAUAAAAUAUUGAGUUAGUUUAUUUUGAUUUAGAAAAGACAUGCAAAUCACAAUUAAAGUGCUUAAGGGCAAGGACUGCACACUUGAGGUCUCGCCCACAUCCACGGUCCUUGAGGUAAAGAAACAAAUCGACGCUCUACUACAAAUUCCCGCCCCUAGCCAAAAAUUGUUGCUGCUGGGCCGCCCGCUCAAUGAUGACCAACAGAUUUCCUCUUAUCCAAACAUUAAGGACGGUACAAAACUGAAUCUGGUAGUGAUGAAGCCGGAUACGUUGAGGGAUGCUAUCCACAGGUCUUUCCGAAAAUACUACUCAGAGCAGCAGUCAGAACGUCUAACCAAUGAGUUUAUGGUAGAUUUUGAACAGAAGUUUGGAAACGGUGGAAGUCUAAGCUUGGACGAUUUGGAGCGUUUUGCAGAUAGUGCGUUAAGUAAAGUCGCGCCAUAACCAUUUCCCGACUCGUCAAACUGACAAAUUUACACUAAAUGUAUUGCUUAAAUGUAAUUCUGUUUAUUUCAUAAAAAAACACUGAUAUUUGAACAGCUGAA